UCGUGGUCAGAGGCAUCAGACUUACUAACAGUCACUGUGCUGCUCUCCGUUUCUGUACAGGCAAAAUAACAUGAAGUUCUUAUAACUAUCAAAACACCAACAGAAGGAAAACGAGGGAGAAGAAAGCAAAGGCAGAACAUUCCCCUAAAAUGGCUUUUCGUGUCAAAAUCUGCUUUCAGAAGAGUGUUUCUCAUGCUGGGCUUUUGGUGGCCAUAUAUGCAUUUGUAAAUUGGGAAGGAGUCCAGACAUGGAAUUAUGAAUAUUCACAGAAAAAUAUGACAUGGCCAGCGGCCAGAGCGUACUGCCAAGAGUUGUACACUGACCUGGUUGCAAUUCAGAACCAAGAGGAAAUUAAUCAUCUAAAUCGGGUGAUACCGAAAAAUCCAACUUACUACUGGAUUGGGAUAAGGAAGAUUGCUGGUGUUUGGACCUGGGUUGGAACAAACAAAGCACUGGACAAAAAAGCAGAAAACUGGGCAGAAGGUGAACCAACUCCUGGCGGAGAGGAUUGUGUGGAAAUCUAUAUAAAGAGACAGAAAGAUGCAGGAAAAUGGAAUAACGAUCCCUGUACAGAAAGACAGAAACGAGCUCUGUGUUACUUGGCUUCAUGCAAACCUACUUCAUGUGUUAAUGGAAAAUGUGUGGAAACUAUAGGAAAUUAUACCUGCCAGUGCAAUGAAGGGUUCCAUGGGUCAGAAUGCGAACAUGCGGUGAGGUGUGAUGCUCCACAGCCUCCAGCAAAUGGGUAUCGGAAUUGUUCGCAUCCAGGUGAAGACUUCACUUUCCGCUCAGCCUGUGAUUAUCACUGUGCAGAAGGGUUUACCUUGAUCGGGUCGCCGAGACAGCGAUGUGAAAGCUCUGGAAAGUGGUCAUCACCCGUACCAACGUGUGAAGCGGUGAGGUGUGAUGCUCCACAGCCUCCAGCAAAUGGGUAUCGGAAUUGUUCGCAUCCAGGUGAAGACUUCACUUUCCGCUCAGCCUGUGAUUAUCACUGUGCAGAAGGGUUUACCUUGAUCGGGUCGCCGAGACAGCGAUGUGAAAGCUCUGGAAAGUGGUCAUCACCUGUACCAACGUGUGAAGCGGUGAGGUGUGAUGCUCCACAGCCUCCAGCAAAUGGGUAUCGGAAUUGUUCGCAUCCAGGUGAAGACUUCACUUUCCGCUCAGCCUGUGAUUAUCACUGUGCAGAAGGGUUUACCUUGAUCGGGUCGCCGAGACAGCGAUGUGAAAGCUCUGGAAAGUGGUCAUCACCCGUACCAACGUGUGAAGCGGUGAGGUGUGAUGCUCCACAGCCUCCAGCAAAUGGGUAUCGGAAUUGUUCGCAUCCAGGUGAAGACUUCACUUUCCGCUCAGCCUGUGAUUAUCACUGUGCAGAAGGGUUUACCUUGAUCGGGUCGCCGAGACAGCGAUGUGAAAGCUCUGGAAAGUGGUCAUCACCUGUACCAACGUGUGAAGCUGUAAGGUGUGAGGUUCCAAAGCUUCCCAAGAAUGGAUAUCAGAACUGUUCGCACGUAGGUGGAGACUUCACUUUCCGCUCGGUCUGUGUUUAUAGCUGUGCAACAGGGUUCUCGUUGAAUGGUUCGGAGAGUCUGCAGUGUGACAACUCUGGAAGGUGGUCAUCCCCCAUCCCAGCUUGUGAAGAGAUACAGCAAAACCAAUUUGUAACCAAGGUGGCCAUUGGCACUGGAGGGGCUUCGGCUUUGCUUUCCCUGCCUUUUAUUGGAUAUUUAAUUAAACUGUAUCGAAGAAAAGCAAUGAAUGAACGUUUGUCACUGUAAGAUCACAAAGUAGCAAAUACAAGGCUCAACCAGACAAAAUUGGAAAGCUUGAGAUAUCUUCUUUACAAGUGACAUGAGGCUUUUUGUUAUAUUGAUCACCUGAACAGAAUAAAUGGAUUAAAGUACUGAAGUACCAAAUAAUGUUAUCAUUUAAAGCUAUGAACAAAGGUUGUGUUUAAAAACGAUGUUGCAACGUUCAAAGUUUCCAAUGGUAGCUGGAAGAAAAUAGCAACGUUUAUAUCCCCUGCACUUAGUUAUUAAGGAUCAGUUUUAUAGAUGCUAUUUUAAAUGCAUAAAAUAUUGAUAGAAUUAACUUCCUUGUUUUAGUCAUUUGCUUGCUUGGCUGAUGCGUAAAACAGAAACUGUAUUUGAACAUAUAGAUCUUCCAUGUAUAAAG